AUGUCGAAAGUCGAAGCACUUCAGGUUCUUCUACUUAAAAAGCUUGACGAACAAAAUGAAAUCGCGAACACUAGUCAUAUAGAGUUUGAAGGGAAAAAGCUGACCGUUCAAGAUGCUCAGUCGGCAAUUUUGUCUUUGGCAGCAAGAAGCAUGGUUGAAUUUGAGCGUCAUGAUAUCGAGGUAUACACCUUAACUGCUGAAGGUGAAGAAAUUUUAAAAAAUGGAUCUCAUGAGGCUAAAGUUUUUAACGAAAUCUGUGCUUCCAUGAGUGGUCUUAGCAUUGGUGAGUUGAAAGACAAAUUGGGAAACACAGCAGGUCUUGGUCAAGGCAGAGCUUUCAAACUUGGUUGGAUCAGAAAGGAUGGAGACAAAUUGAUAAAAAACACUGAAUCUAUUGAGGAUGGCACGCCCAAGUUGUUGGCCGAAAUAAAAGAACAUGGUACUCACAAAGAUACAAAGGCUCUUAACGAUUUGAAAAAGCGUAAAUUGGUUGAACGCAACAAACUAAUGUACUUUUCUUUAAAGAAGGGGCCCCACUUCUCUCUUACUAUUGAAAAGCUAAAUACUGAUUUGACCGCUGAUAUGAUUACUUCUCGCUCUUGGGAAAAUGCCAAGUUCAAAGACUACAACUUUGCUGCUGAGGGUAUCCCUCCUGCUGGUGGUUGUCUGCACCCUCUGAUGAAGGUCCGUGAGGAAUUCCGCAAGUUUUUCUUUGAAUUGGGUUUUGAAGAAAUGCCUACCAACAAUUAUGUUGACAGCGGUUUCUGGAACUUUGAUGCUUUAUUCGUUCCUCAGCAGCACUCUGCUCGUGAUGUUCAGGAUACUUUCUUUUUGAAGAAACCUGCUUUUACUGAUAAGUUACCUGAUCUUGACUACGUUGCUCGUGUUAAGGGCACCCAUGAGAACGGAGGCGAAACAAGAGGUAUUGGUUAUCGUGCCCCUUGGUCUGAAGAAGAAACUCGUAAACUUAUUCUUCGUACUCAUACCACCGCUGUUUCAGGCAAUAUGUUGUAUAAGCUUGCUAAAAAUGGUUUCCACCCUGCAAAAUAUUUCUCGAUUGAUCGUGUCUUCCGUAACGAAACCGUUGACGCUACACAUUUGGCUGAAUUUCAUCAGGUGGAAGGUGUCAUAUGCGAUAGGAAUCUUACUCUCGGGGAUUUGAUUGGUUUCAUGGAAGUCUUCUUUGCUAAAAUGAAUGUUCGAAACUUACGCUUCAAGCCCGCCUACAAUCCCUAUACCGAACCUUCUUUGGAAAUUUUCUCUUAUCACGAAAAACUUGGUAAAUGGGUUGAAGUCGGAAAUAGUGGUAUGUUCAGACCUGAGAUGUUAGAACCUAUGGGUCUUCCUAAGGAUGUUCGUUGUCUCGGUUUUGGUCUUUCAUUAGAACGUCCUACAAUGAUUAAGUACGGAAUUUCUGAUAUCCGUCAAUUGAUGGGACCAAAGGUGAACUUGGACUUGAUCCAAGCAGGCUCUGCUGUUCGUUUAGAUAGAGAGGAUUAG